AUGAAUUUGCAAAAGGACGACAAGGAAGCCUUGUCAACUUCUGAUUCUAAACAAGGGGCUCGUACAGAUUUAUCAGGUUUUAGUUUCAAACAGCUAGAAGAAAAUAAUGAUGAUGAUGAUAAUCUCUUCAGAAAUAAAGACAAACAGGAGACAAUUAUUGUGAAGACUAACAGCGGACAUAAUUCUUCAGCUUCAUCAAUGUCUGCAGUAUCUGGUGCUCAGGAAGAUAGAUCUUCAUUGAAAACUACCACAGGCAAAGUGGUGGAAAAUUCAAAGCUUUCAAAAAAACCAGACUCUUUAUCUAAUGAGACAUCAAGUUUAGCUAUCAUCACUGCCACUAUUGCAAAACUUGAAACAUCAAAAGACUUGUUUUCAAGUUUUAAGGGUAGAAUUACAGACAGAAUUUCUAGAAAAAUUGAAGAAUUUUCUGGGGACUCUAGUUCCAAUUCAAGUCAGGAGAAAGAGAAAGCUAAGUUGUUUACACUUCAUAAAACCAGCAGUCAAAAAUCAGUUGAGAAAGAAUCUGCCUCUGUUCCUUACACAGAACUAGUUUCAUCCACACCCGAAAAAGAAAUUUCUGCUUUUUGUGAUUUGAAAGAUAAAUCUCCUCAACAGUCUGAACCACUUAUGAAAGAAAUCUCACCAUCAUCAGUUAAAGAAGUGCCUUCUUUUUUAUUUUCAAAAAGAAGGAAUUUGUCUUCUCCACAGAAAGACACUUUUUCCAACCCUGUUACCUGUGAUCUUGUUUCCACUCAGCCAUUAACAACUUCUAACACAGAAGACAAUUUUGAAAAUGUCAUAGAACCACAUGAAGCUGAGUUACAGUUGAAAAGGAAGCAAGGUGCUAAUCAAGAUGUUUGUGAAUUGGAUUCUUCCCGUAUUGAUGAACCUGAUGCUGAAACUCAUGUGCCUGCAAAACAUUUUUCCAUAGAACCAACAGAAGAUUUCUCUAGCUUUUCUGUAUUAUGUACAAGUGAGCAAACCAAAGCUUCUCCAAAGAUAAAACAUUUGAACAAGAGUGAGACCAGAGCACAUUCAUUUACUAGUUUCUCAGACAAAACUGAUCCUGCUGAUAAACAGUUUGUGUUUCCACUUGGACAAGAUAGUUCUAAAACCUUGCCUGAGGGAGAAAAUGAGAAACAAAUCAAAGAACCUAAAUUUAUUGAUAAAAUUGCUGAUGAAGACAAAGCAGUUCCAGUGAUAAAAUCAGCAACAAAUACUAGCUCUACCAUAUCAGAGGUUUUUACCGUAGCAGUUGUUUUAUUUGCUUAUGUGAUUGUACCAUUGCCUUCAUACAUAUCUGGAUUUAUAAUGGGUACAUUGCUGGCAUCAUUCUGCUGGCGCUUGUACAUGUGGCUAACAGAGAAGCCACAAAUGCCGAAACCUGUUUUACUCCCCCAUGUGGAUGAACCACCCCCUGUGCCUGAAAUGAAAAUCAACUCUGAAGGGGAAGAAUUCCUUUAUAAGGGGUGGAUGAAUGAGCUCACCAACUACAGAGCUGAUGACUACCACUUAAAUAAAACACACUCCAUCUUUGUCAGCCUGGAAGGGUCACACCUGCGUUUGCAAAGACCUAAGAAUGUCAUCCCCAAACGUGCCAUGUGGGACGAGGUGCUGCCCAACCCGCAGUUCAUUCACCAGCGACACUUCCAUCUACCUGGAGCUAAGGUGUUCCUCCUGCCACACGGAUUGGUCCGGAAGAGAAUCUGGAGCAAGAAGUACCCAAUCUGCAUAGCAUUGACUAACAAAUCUUUAAAUGAAGAUGGGAAACUGAAGCACAUUUCUUCUGAGCCUAUUCUGAAGGAGAAAUCUUCUCUGCCUGGCAUGGAUUUUGAGUUUGUGACCGAAGAGAAGUGUGACCACAAUCUCCUGUAUUUGUUUGCCCGCACUUGCAGGGAGAAGGAGGAAUGGUAUCAGAGGUUGUCUUCUGCAGCAGCUGGUAAACCUUUGGGCAAUCAUGUUAAGGAAUUGAAGCGGGUCUUGUCACAGAAUUCACCAUCUUUGAAACAAAACACAGAGAGUGUGCGAAGACAUAAGAGAGAAGGAUCUACAGAUUCCACUAGCUCUACAUCCUCUAAAUUGUCAUUAGAGGGCGAGGCACAGGAUCUAUUAACAUUUGCUCAUUACAUGGGUCGACUGAUGCCUUCAGGGUCCCUGUCUGGAUCCUCCAGUCCCUCUCAUGCAACCAAGGACAAGAAUUCUGAUGCUGCAGAGGUCAAUAAAAACGCACACAAUAAAGAUGGGGAGGAAGGUAGGGUGCUUAAUCCAGGGUCACCCGUCUUUUGUGACAGCCAGCUUUUUUGGGUAAAUGCCUUAAUCGGACGGUGCUUUUUUGACUUUCUGAGGGAUAAGUGGUGGAUUGGCAAAGUCAGAGAAAAAUUGCAGAAAAAGCUCAGUAAAAUUCAUGUCCCACACUUCAUAGAGGAGCUUCAAGUAACAGAUAUUAACAUGGGCUCAGAAGUCCCAGGUAUCAGACAUGCCAGCAGGCCUUACAUAGACGAUCGUGGCUUUUGGGUCAACCUCGAUCUGACUUAUGCUGGAGGCUUCCAAAUGACGAUUGAAACCAAAGUGAAUUUAAUGAAAUUGAAAAAGUCAUCCUCCACAUCAUCACAGUCAGAGCACUCUAUUGACAGGGUGAAGUCACCAGCUUUAAACUCAGAUGAGGAAGACAGCGCAGAAUCAUCAACUGAUGAAGAGGAGGAAGCACCUUCUAACAGUGAUGACAGUGCAUCAGGUGGAGGUGCCAGCAAGAAAUUCAUUCACUACCUGAGUAAAUUUGCCCAGUCAAAGUAUUUCCAGCAGGCCACAGAAUACAAGGUGGUGAAACGGGCCAUGGAGAAUGUGUCCAACACACCUCUGACUUUGUCAGUGACCGUCGUCAGUCUGGUGGGCAGGCUGGCUCUCAAUAUCCCACCUCCUCCGUCAGACAGACUAUGGUAUGGCUUCCUUGGCAACCCACACCUCCGCCUGUCAGCUAAGCCACAAGUUGGCGAACGUGCAAUAACGAUCACCCACAUAAUAGAGUGGAUUGAGAAAAAGUUGGCAACUGAAUUUCAGCGUGUGUUUGUGAUGCCCAACAUGGAUGAUUUAAUCAUUCCGAUCUUGGUACCCCCUGAUACAAGCGGUACUACAGUGCCUCGAUCUGCUUCCUUGUGA